AUGGGAUGGAGUUCGCGAGGACGUUUACUGCUGAUUCUGUGUUCAAUUCAGAUUGCCCAAUGUUCUCGAUCACUGCGACGCGAUAGUGGCUAUCAACCCAAAGAGGGUGACACAUUGGUUCAUGAAGUUCGGUUGGCAUCAUUCGAUGAAUCAACGUCAAGGCAGCAAUCGACACAACCACUCGUCAACAAUAUUGUCAUACAAGUAUAUCUAAACGCCAAAAACACUUCUACAAUAAAGUCAUCAAAAGCCAUCACAUCAGGACUAAAUAUUGGUCAGUCACCGUUGGGAAGUCCGGAAAAUCCAAUAAUAAUAUCGAAAGAUUUCGAUCGGGAGGCACUGAAAUUCAUUGAUGAAGAAAAUGUAGCGGAGUACAAUCCGACGAAUAUGGUUGAAAUAAAAGCGGUUGUGUACGGCGUUGGAGGUGAUGAGAAUCGUAUGGCCGAAGGGGAGCAAAUGGAGAAACGGAUCAACAAAGAGUUCCAAUCAUCGAUACCUGCCAUCAGAGAACGAUUGAGUGGACUGAAAAAGGAUUCACAAUUGACCGAGAAUCAUUUUCUCUUGGAAAGAUUAAUGAAGAAGAGAGAAACGGAUGAGCAAACUUCAAUCGCAGCUGACCAACCAAUAUCAUUGACUGGUGCAAGUGAUACGAAUGAAAGUGUUCGAGAUGAACCGUCUGCGUCUGAAGAUUCAGAAGUUGGAACAACGCGAUCGUUCGACACGAUGCGGAUAUCAACAGAAAGCACCAUUGUUGAAGGUGUGCAAGUGCUUUUGGAUGCACAAACUGAGACAACAACAAUUCCAAUUCAACAAACAUCAACAGAGAGCGGCCUCGUUGAUCGAGUAGAAGUGGCCAUAGAAUCCGCUAUUGCAACGACCACAGCAGAAACUGAUACUGAUCGAAAUACGUUCCCCAAUGAGGUAAUCAAAACAAAAACCGGAAUUCUUGAAAUGUCAGAAGAAGAGGAACCGUCAACAGUAAGCAUUCUCGACUUAGAAAACGUUGAAACGACGACGACGCUCGGCCAUUCAAGCACAGAAGCAGUCGAGAUGGCAACAGAACAAUUUACUAAUGGCGGUGCAGAGUCAGAAGUAGAAGAGCUGGGAUCUCUGAUUGUAUUGGAGUCGGAGUUUGAUUCGACAGAGUCUGACUCCACCACUGUAAUAACCUCGAACAAUGUUCCAGUUGAAUCCGAAGUAACAUCACAAUCUUCCGAUACUAACUUUGACACAUUUUUCAACUCCAGAAAUGGAGGGGAAAACAAUAGGGGAACAACUGGAAAAAGUGCAUCUUCAGAUAGCUCAGAAACAAAAAGCACUGAAGGAACACCAACAUCACAAGAGACUAGCACAACUACCAGAACCACUCUGGAGAACACUGAUGCAAUGCUCUCAAUGGAAACAGUUGGCUUGCAAGGGGAGAACGUCCAAAAAACUGACGGAAUUAGUUCAACUUCAGUCAUACCAACAGUGACGGAUGCAUCCGUAUUAUCGGAAAGCGGAGAGUCGGGCUUAUCUCGUACGGAUGUUGAAACGCUGGGAGGAGAACGACUGAUUACUUCAGAGACACGGCAAGAAGGGGAGAACAAAGGAAUAAGUAGUGAAGGAGCAACUGAAAAAUUGGCUGAACAAACAUCACAAUCUAUUGGAGCGACUCAGUCAGGUGGUCUUGAAGUAGUCACUCAGACUUUCGAUACUAGCUCAACCUUGAGCAAAACAACUCUACAAGUAGCAGCGACGGCCGAAUCGGAUGGUAUCACAACGUUGAUACCUGAAGCGGAUGAAGCAGAAGAGGGAGCAGAAAACAGCGAGAAUAAUCGACAAACACAAACGAGAACCACGACAAAUGCACCUCAAACAGCAGCAGUCGAACCAUCAUCGCAAGGCAUCCAUCUAUCUCCCUGA